AUGGCAAGAGAAAUUUCACAACAAAUAUUGGACCAAAAUUUUGGUAAAGUAAUUGAGAGUACAGAACUUUUACGGCAGGACGAAUUUUUAUCAUCUUCGUCCUUGUCUUUGACAUCACUGACCUCUGGAAUAAAUUCUAAUAAUCCUCAUGAACUACAACCAAACCAACAGUUACAAAUAAACCAACUUCCGUUACAAGCAAUAACUAUAAUACGAAUCCAAGAUUACUUUUUUGAGAGUCUUGAUCUUGGAGUAUCUAUAAAAAAGAUGGUAUCCCAAUUUCCAGAAUCCCUACAACAGGAUUUGGUCUCGCCAUCAGACCUGGUUCAAUGUCUAGAAAACAUAAUAACUGAUACCUCGGCGACAACAAAGAAUAAAGCACUACUAGGUUUCUGUUAUGAAUAUGGAAUUGGAACAACACCUAAAUUGAAUUUAGCAUUCAAUUUAUACCAUGAAGCAGCACUCCGUAAUGACAAAUACGCACAAAACUUCUGUUAUUCAAAAGGACAUGGUGGUAAAGUUGAUCUAUAUAAAGCUGCAUAUUGGUAUCGGAGGUCGGCGCAACUGGAGAAUUCUCACGGGCAGUUUACCCUUGGAGCGAUGUAUUGGAGUGGGCGUGGUGUAUCACGCGAUUUGCAUGAUGCUUUCAAGUAUUUGCGUCGCGCUUAUGGGAAUGGAAAUGAGACGGCUAUCCGUUUUCUGUUGUGGCGGGGAUAA